ACACAUGGGAGGAGAGUGUUCUCAGCUAAAACUUCCUGAUCGAAUAUCAGUGGCGGCACACGAAAUCAGUCUCCCCAUGAGCGGAGCUCUUCUCUUGAGAUUGGUCAAAGUCUCUUCAUAUAGAUCUCCGAAUGAGUGCACGUCGGAACGACAAAGCAGCCGAGGCCGAGCCGGAAUUCAUCGUAGAGAAAAUUCUUGAGAAGAAGUUGGGGAAGAAUAACAAGGUAUUGUAUUUACUCAAGUGGAAAGGGUACGACGACACCGAGAACACGUGGGAGCCCGUUGAGAAUCUCGAAGACUGCAGGGAUUUCAUUCGGGACUUCGAAGACAAGCUCAAGAAGAAAUCCGCUUCCAGAGGACUUGUUUCUGACAAGGAACCUGGGACUAGUACGAUGGGCCGGAGUGAGAGGAAACGGCGCAGCAAUAAUCAGCCGAGCGCAGAACCACCAAAGAAACAGGGAAAGACUGGCUUCGAUCGAGGACUCGAACCGGAGCGUAUAAUCGGUAUGGCCACCGACAUAAAGAAAGAAAUACGAUUUGUGGUGAAAUGGAAAGGCUGCGAUGAGGCUGACCUCGUUCCUGCUAAAGUUGCCAACGUGAAAUGUCCCCAGGUCGUCAUACGCUUCUACGAAGAACGUCUCACUUGGGCGCCUACAUAAGGCGUUCGGUGUAGUUCCUUCAAGUCUCAUUGUACACAAUCGACGACGCUCGCUUUCUUUGAUUCAUCUUUACUUGAUCCGAAAUUUGCCAUACGAUGACCACCGACCAGGAAACUCGCCCCCCCUUCUGAUCACGAUUACGAUCACCUGUCGAACAAGACGACCCGAUUGUGACAAUGAUCGAUUGUUCUAUUUUUCUGCGAAUAUAAUCUCCCACGGAUUCCGUCUGAUCGAGAGCCCCGGCGCGUGAGGGAGCGUCGACAGAAGCUGUUAUACGUUUUUGAAUAAAGUUCAUGUGAUGAAA